AUGGAACUAAGUAACAUAGAACAUGAGAUGCCAUUGAUAUUUUGGCAUGAUAGGAAACAGCUCAUGUCUGUGCAUUGUCAACCGGUCGAUGUUCCUGAUCAGUAUCACUCCAAAAGCUCGGUUAAUGCUAAAAUUUGCUUUAAAAUAUGUACAGCAAGUGUGCAGGACGAAGUUCGAGUUUGGGAGAUAACGGUGAAUCCAAGAAAAGAUGUGAGUGAGGAGGAUCCUUAUGAAGUCAAAGUAAAUUAUGUUGCAAGCUUAGAAGGACACUCAAAUCCGUUGAACUUUGCUAUGUACUCGCCGAAUGGUAUGUUUUUAUUUCUAUUGUUCGUUUUUUAGGUAAUAAGAUUUCGAACUUUACGGUUUAAAGAUGUUGACGCUUUUCUGUAACAGUUAAAACAUAGUUCCGACUUAAGCUUUUUGAGUUUUUAUAUUGUGUGUUGUAAAAUAAAAACUAUCAUAUGAAAAGUUCUUGUUUUCAGGUCGUUUCAUAGCAUCAGGAGAUGUUAGUGGAACACUGAUAAUCUGGAAGAUAUUUCCACGCGAAGAAGGUUUUGUUAUGCCUGAAGAAGCAGCACUUAACGAUGAGAAGGCCAUGUUUGACAUACCAGUGAACAAAGAAAAUUGGAAGCGAGCUUUCUUACCUAUCAGACAUGAAGAUGAAGUAAACUGUUCUGUUUUUUCUCCAAAUUCUCAAUUCAUCUGUACUGCGUCGGAAGAGAAUGCCGUCAGGUUGUUUAAGGUAGACAAUGGUAUGUUUUAACUUUAUUUUUUUGAGUUUAGGUAAUUGUAAAUCGUGUAUUAUAAAGUUUCAUUCAAAGUAACACAAUUAAUAUUUUUAGGUAAAGCAGUGUGGAAGUUAACGAACUUCCGUCGGAAGAUUACAGGGUUGGCCUGGGAUCCUAAUGGAUACUACAUUGUGACUUUGUCUACAGAUCAACGGUUAGACAUAAUUUUGGCACAAAAAGGUCAUCGUUUAAGAACGUGUCAUUCUACCAAGCUGCCUGAUCAUCUGUUGGGUAAUGGGGAGGUCAUUAAAGGAAUGUAUUACAAGUUUUUCUUCGAUCAACAUACUUAUGCUUUCACCAGGACUCCCCAAUUCACGCCUUGUGGAGAACUUCUAAUCACACCAGGUAAGGCAUUUUUCUUUUUUGGGCUUUAAAAUAACAUUUAUAACACAAUUUAUUAUUAAAAAGUAUUUGUUUUAGCUGCUCAACUUGAAAACUCUGAACAAGCGUUCUACGGUGUAUACAUAUUCAGAAGAUGUGAUUUUGAUAAAUGUAUGCCUUAUCAAAUGUACAGGACAGCUCGACCAACCGUUAUGAUAUCUGUCAUGCAAAAAAGGUUGGCAUUAAGGGAAGAGGAUAACCAAGAGCCUUUCGUCGAUCUUCCUUAUAGGUAUAGUCUUUUGUUUACUUGCUUUAAUUUUUGUUUAGUUGUUUUUAUAAGUCUCGAGUUAUUAUAUUGUUGUAUUUAAUGGUUGGUAGUAGCCAUUAAUUUUUACUUUUUAGAUACAUCUUUGCUGCCUUGUGUACCGAAUCUAUCUACAUCUUCGACACACAAUACCCUCAACCGAUCGCCUACCUAACUGAUCUCUCUUACGACAAUCUCACUUCAAUAUCCUGGUCUCCAGACGGCAGAGUCUUAUGUGUGUCAUCUCUUGAAGGCUACAAUCACUUUAUUCACUUCAGAGGGAACGAGUUCAACGAUGUAACUUCUCUUUCAUUACAAUCCUGCGAACUUCCCAUUCUUCAGAAGCCAAAAGAAGAAAAAGCUCCAAAACCAACGUUGUCUGACAUGGUUAACAAACCUUUAAAGAGCAGCUGA